ACGAGACAGCCACGCGCGUUUGAAUGGGUUGGUCGUGGGUGGGGCGCAGGAGGGAGGGGCCUCACCCGGCUAAAGGCAAAAAAAUCAGCCCGAUCGUGCCAUUUGGAGAUGAAAGUUCCAUGAGCACGCAUGGCUAUCUGAGGAGCGGAAGAGUUUUGGACACUGGCAGAAACGCAGCGACUCUGGAUUAAUUAGACAAUUGCUGGGCUUUUUGAAUUAGCCAGAUUUUUGUUAUUUUUCGCAGAGUGAGCAGUGAAUCCAAACAGAUCAAAAUGAUGACCAAACCAUUUGGAAAGAGCGGAGAUGUCAGUGAGCUGGUGAGCUCCCUCGGCUGGCUGGAGGAGGACGGCAGCUCUCAGGAUGGAGAGGAAAGCCCGGAGAUGAGGGGACACCAUGGCCUUAAUGCAGGGGGCCGGAUUCACUCCUGCACAGAACUGGGCAGUGAGGAUAUGGAGGAGGAAGAGGAAGAGGAUGAUGAAGAGAAUGGACUAAAUGGAGAAAAUGCUCCCAAAAGGAGAGGCCCUAAGAAGAAGAAGAUGACCAAAGCUAGACAGGAGAGGUUUCGUGCCCGGCGGAUGAAGGCCAAUGCCAGAGAACGCUCACGCAUGCAUGGACUGAAUGAUGCCCUGGAAAAUCUGCGCAGAGUGAUGCCCUGCUAUUCCAAGACACAAAAGCUGUCAAAGAUUGAGACUCUACGGCUGGCCCGCAACUAUAUCUGGGCUCUGUCGGAGGUGCUUGAGAAUGGCCAGUCCCCCGAGAGCCAUGGUUUUGUGGAGAUGCUGUGUAAAGGUCUGUCUCAGCCCACCAGUAACCUAGUUGCUGGCUGCCUGCAGCUGGGACCCACUUCGAUGAUGCUCAACAAGCUGGAGGACAAGUGUGGAGGCCCAGGGUUGGGUGGUGUGGGGGGUCAGGGUGGCCAUCCCCUCAGCUACCCAUCCCCAGGCCUUCCCAGCCCCCCCUAUGGCUCCCUGGAGGCGUCCCAUCUCCUCCAUAUGAAGGGAUUCAAGGGGUCAGCCUAUGAUAACCCUUCCCCUAAUGAGUGCAGCAGCGGCACCCCACCAUACGAUGGGCCCCUCACUCCCCCCCUCAGCAUCAGUGGCAACUUUGCCCUGAAGCAGGAGCCCUCUCCCCACGAGUCAGAGAGGAACUACACAACCCACCCUGGCCACCAUGCCCACUACCUCUCAUCCCACCAUUACCCCACUUCCACGCCUGGCGGCCUACCAGGGGGGCCUCAGGGCCAUCCACUCUUUCAGGCAUCACGUUAUGAGCUGCCCCUGGAUGUGGCCUUUGACCCCUUCACUCCCUCUCACCUGGUCUCCUCUCAGAUGGGCACCAUCUGAAAUCUGACUGGAACUGGAGAAGCACUGCUCCUGAAUAAACUGCUGUAAAAUCACAGUCAUGGUACUGACUGUACAGACACGAUGGUUUGCAUUUAUGUUGUCUAAUACUGUGAGAGAGCGCUGAAUGCUCAGAGAGAGACUCAUCACCUCAACUCGAUCUACCUGAUACAAGCACACACCCAUAAUUUUUAAUAUUUUAUUUAUUUGUUUUUGUUAUGAUUAUAUGUUAUUUGGAUUAUAAUUAUUUCUGAAAAAAUUGCCCACUCAGUUGUUACAGAGUGGAGGUAAAGAAUAGUUUACCAAAUCAAAUAUCCACACUUAAGCAUCACAUGGAUGUUCAAAGUGUAAAGAUUGAACAAAAACAUGAGAACAUGAUUUGCAAGUCUGCAUAUCAACAAUUGUUCAAAAAGUCAUCCAACCCAAAUGGUGAACUGAGGCCUACUGCCAAUGCCCCUCUUGCCAUAAGAAAAGCAAUGCAUCUAUUUAUAUCUGUAUUUAAUAUUUAUUUUGAUAAUGUCUUGUCCUUUUUUUAAAUAUUUUUCUCAGCACAGUUUUUGUUUCACUGUCUUCUUGGUUUGUUGUCAGUCAUGGCAGCUGUACUGUAUUUAAAUUAUUUAUUCGAGGUCUUUCAGGUACUUGUUCAUUUGGUGUUACAAUUUUUGUCAUACUGUACUGUUGUAAAUAUUUUGCUGUUUCGCACUUAAUUGAAUAAAUAUUCUUAUAUUAUAUA